AUGUCUGGCUUGGACCAUGGCGGAGGACAUGGGGAUGUGCGACCGAAUCAAUUCGCCGGCUUGGCUGGCCUAGAUACCUCCGACGCUGACCGUUUCUCGACUUCCUCAACCAACUUUCACGAUGAUUUCCCUUAUGGCCUUCCUCCCUUCAGUCCCCGGGAGUCUUCCCACCAUGGGAAUUUACUCAAAGACUCCCUCUUUCCUGAAUGGGGAAGUGGCACCACACGACCUGAUCCGGAGGGCCCCGACGAGAUGCAGAAGAAGGACCCGCUAGCCACUCAGAUUUGGAGGUUGUAUUCGAGAACAAAGGCCCAGCUGCCCAACCAGGAGCGCAUGGAGAAUCUCACUUGGCGGAUGAUGACUAUGAAUCUCAAACGCAAGGAGCGUGAACAACGCCAAUCUACCGACAGUGGUAUCGCCCAACUGCGCCAUUCCAACCGAACCUCCACCGCUCCCAGCACUUCGGCCACGACCACCACCACCGCCCCCACCGAGGACACCUCCGAUCCCAUGAAUCUCGAUGAUUUCAUUGUCCCCUUCGAGUCCCCUGCGGAACCCUCGUUAUCACCCCCCGCGGGUGACAAGUCCCACGCCUCUGCCAUCCCUAUCAAACAUCGCAGCCAUCCCGACCCCGAGGAGCCCGUCCCCGCCUCAUUUCCCCAUCCGCCCCAGGAACAGCGCAGGAAUAACGAAUUUGGCUAUGUCCAACGUCGGGUGCGGAAGACUAGCAUCGACGAUCGUCAGUUCUUGGCCAGUUUCCAGGUUCCCACUCGCAAGCGACCGGCAGAAUCGUCGCCGUUGGUACCGCCCAUUUCAAACAGUAUGCUGGCCCACGAUCCCGAUCUGUCGUCUGGUGUUCCCGAUUAUUCCUUGGAUGCGUCGUCGUCGGCAUUUGGCCUUCACCACUCCAACAAUGCUAACCGUCACCAUAACAACAACAACAACAAUAACCACAACCACAGCAACAGCAGCAACCCUCAUACUUCUCUCCCGUUUGGCCUGGAUACCUUUGGCUUGGAUGAUCCCAUCUUGAACUCCGCCGGUCCAUACCAGCCUCAUUUCACCUUCUCCCCCCACGACUCACCGAUGACAUCGGGUAACCCGUUUGCCAACCUCUACGCUCACACGCCCUUGGCCUCCUCGCUCAACUCCACCGAACUCUUCUCUCCACCUCCAUCCGGGUAUCAGUCGACUGUCUCCACUCCACAGGCGUUGUACGAAAAUGAGCAGUCGAUGUAUUUCGAUUUGCCCACGGCCGAUUCCCGCACGCAACGUCGUGUUCCCAAUUACCUCGCCCAGCGAUCGUCAAAUCUGUCUGCCUCGCUACAUCCCCGGUAUAUGUACAAUGGGAAUAACCGCGAUUCCCGCCAGCAGCAGCAGCAGCAGCAGCAGCAGCAUAGCAUGGGACAGGUUGGUGGGUUGUCGUCUGGCUUCCGAGCCCAGCAACAUAUCAACCCUUCACACGUGCUGGGGACAACGGACUAUCCCAACACCAACAACUCCCAUUCGGGAAUGUUCUCCUUUGGCGGAGAAUCGGAUAAUGAGGACGAUGCACAAACUUUCUCCGAGCACGGCGGGUUGGCCAUGCCGGCUGACUCGAUGGACGAGCAAGAUGAAGAUGACGAUGGAGACUCGGUCAUGAACUGGGAAGCGCAGAUCCCAGACUCCUUCCAGUCGCUGCCCGGGUUUGGUCAGCACCGCAGGCACGUCACGAUCGGAUCGCCCGACAUGAUGGACGCGAACGAUUGGAACAGUCUGAAUCGCACACAUGGAUCGGUGGCGUCGGUCAGUGAAGUGCGUAACCGUGAGCAGGAUCCUCGACGUCAGAAGAUUGCCCGCACGGCAUCGACUCCCAACGCUACCCAACUACUACGCCAGAGUAUGCAGAACAACAAUACGCAGCAACCCUCUCCCAACACGCCGCCCGAGUCGGGUCUCAACAGUGCUGCCCCAUCGCGACCGGCAAGUCCGAAGAAUGGCGAGCAGGGCAGCACUGGCCCUACCACUUGUACCAACUGCUUUACUCAGACGACUCCUUUGUGGCGGCGUAACCCAGAGGGCCAGCCUCUCUGCAAUGCCUGUGGUUUGUUCCUGAAGCUGCACGGUGUCGUCCGACCGUUGUCACUCAAGACGGACGUUAUCAAAAAGCGCAACCGCAGCAGCGCCAACACUCUGGCGGUGGGCACCUCGCGUUCAAAGAAGUCUUCGCGCAAAAAUUCGGUGCAGCAGGCAUCUGUAGCAGCAGCCACCGCGAGUCGUCCGCAGACAGCCACGACCAAUUCGGAGUCCCCCCCUGCCAUCCAGGGAAGCAGCACCCCUGCAAGUCGGAGUACCAAUUCGAUGGCCAAAUCUGGUGUUGUGCCCAUUGCGGCUGCACCACCCAAGUUAGCCUCGGCCUCGAACUCGGGAUCAGGAAUUGGACAAGCACGAAGCGCCGUACAAGUGGCACCGAAGCGUCAACGACGGCUGGAAAAGGCCACUGACGUGGAGGCCACAGAAGACAAGUCCGCUGCCGCCAAUCGCUCCAAGGUGGUACCAUUGGCCCCUGCCAUGCCACCUGCAGCGGCCAAUCCGGCGAACCACAGCAUUGCCGGUGGACAGGGAGCGAGUCAAGAAUGGGAGUGGUUGACCAUGAGUUUGUAA